AUGCCUUCUGCAGCUAUAAUAGUCAACCUUCUUUCAGUUUUACUCAUUCCGUCUGUGUUUGGAGAAACAGAAAUAAGGUUCGCUGGACAAAUAGAAUUUGUGGUUAAUGAAACAAGUACAACAGUUAUUCGACUUGUCAUUGAAAGGAUAGGAGAGCCAGCAAAUGUCACUGCGAUUGUGUCGCUUUAUGGAGAAGACACUGGUGAUUUUUUUGACACAUUUGCUGCGGCUUUUAUACCUGCUGGAGAAACAAAUAGGACAGUGUACAUAGCUGUAUGCGAUGAUGACUUUCCAGAGCCUGAUGAGACUUUUACGUUUUACUUAACAGUGCAGAAACCUUCUGCAAAUGUGAAACUUGGAUGGCCAAGGACGAUUACGGUGACAGUAUUAUCAAAUGACAAUGCAUUUGGAAUUAUUUCCUUUAAUAUGCCUUCAUCAGUCUCUGCAAAUGAGCCUAGGGACAGAAAUGAGUCUGUGCCUCUUGCUUUCAUCAGGGAAAAAGGAACGUAUGGAAUGGUGACUGUGACUUUUGAGGUAGUGAGUGGUCCAAAUCCGCCUGAAGAAGAUUUGAGUCCAGUUAGAGGAAAUAUCACCUUUCCCCCUGGCAAGGCAACAGUAGUUUAUAACCUGACAGUACUUGAUGAUGAGGUAUCAGAAAAUGAUGAAAUAUUUUUGAUCCAACUGAUAAUUGUAGAAGGAGGAGCUGAAAUCAACACCACCAGAAACUCAGUUGAGAUUAUCAUUAAGAAAAAUGAUAGUCCUGUAAGAUUUAUUCAGAAUGCUUAUUUGAUACCUGAGGAGGACCAGAUCCUCAUCAUUUCAGUCCUUCGUGGAAAAGAUGACAUGGACAAUAUGAUUGGAUCAGAUGAAGACGAAGUGUGUAUCGAUUAUGCUGUUAUAACUGGGAAUUCAACAGCACAUUCCCAGCAGGAUGUGGACUUCAUCGAUCUUCAGUCCAAUACAACUAUUACUUUUCCCCCUUUUGUUCAUGAAUUCCACCUGAAAUUUCAAAUAGUCGAUGAUGCCAUACCAGAGAUUGCGGAAGCAUUUCACGUUGUGUUACUAAAAGAAAUGUUACGUGGAGAUGCUGUGCUUUCAGAACCUUCUGUCGUGCAGGUCACCAUUAAACCCAAUGACAAACCUUACGGAGUGCUCUCAUUCAACAGUAUACUGUUCGAGAAAGCAGUUGUCAUUGAUGAAGAUACAACCACGAGAUUUGAAGAAAUCACAGUGGUUAGAAAUGGUGGCACCCAUGGGAAUGUUUCUGUGAACUGGGUAUUGACACGGAAUAGCAGUGAUGCCUCACCCGUGACAGCAGAUAUCACACCAAGUUCUGGAGUUCUCCAUUUUGCUCAGGGGCAGAUGUUGGCAUCCAUUCCCCUGACCGUCGUUGCUGAUGAUUUUCCAGAGGAGGCAGAAGCUUAUCUACUUCAGAUUCUGCCUCAUACGAUACUGGGAGGAGCAGAAGUGAGCGAACCAGCUGAGCUUUUAUUUUACAUUCAAGAUAGUGACGAUGUUUAUGGCCUCAUAACAUUUUUUCCAAUGGAAAACCAGAAGAUCGAAAGCAGCCCAAAUGAAAGAUAUUUAUCCUUGAGUUUUAUAAGACUGGGAGGAAUGAAAGGAGAUGUGAAGAUGUUUUAUUCUGCACUUUAUAUUCCUGCUGGAGCUGUGGAUCCUUUACGAGCGAGAGAUUCCAUCUUAAUUGUAUCCAGGAGAAACAGCCUCAUUUUUCCAGAACAAAAAUCUCAAGUCACUGCGAAAUUACCAAUAAGAAAUGAUGCAUUCCUUCAGAAUGGGGCCCACUUUCUAGUACAGUUGGAAACUCUGGAGUUGUUGAACAUAAUUCCCCCAAUCCCGUCUAUAAGUCCUAGGUUUGGAAAAAUUCAAAAUGUUUCUUUAGAGAUUACUCCAGAUAUUGCAAAUGGAGAAAUUGGCUUUAUUAGCAAUCUUCCAGUCAUUUUGCAUGAACCAGAAGAUUCUGAUACUUAUGUGGUAUGCAUUCCUUUACAUCGGGAUGGAACUGAUGGCCAAGCUGCUGUUUAUUGGAGUUUGAGAGCCUCUGGAUUUAAUUCAAAAGCAGUGACCCUGGACGAUAUAGGCCCCUUUAAUGGCUCUGUUGUAUUUGUAAGUGGGCAAAGUGACACAAUGAUCAACAUUACUGUCAAGGCUGAUGACAUUCCAGAGAUGAAUGAGACUGUAACACUUUCCCUCGACAGGGUAAAUGUGGAAAAUCAGGUGCUGAAAUCUGGAUAUACCAGUCGUGACCUACUGAUUUUGGAGAAUGAUGAUCCUGGGGGAAUUUUUGAAUUUUCUCCUGCUUCCAGAGGACCCUAUGUUAUAAAGGAAGGAGAAUCUGUGGAACUUCAUAUCAUCCGGUCCAAGGGAGCUCUAGUUAAGCAAUUUCUUCACUACCGAGUGGAGCCAAGAGAUAGCAAUGAAUUUUACGGAAACACAGGGGUACUAGAAUUUAAACCUGGGGAAAGGGAGAUCGUAAUAACUUUGCUGACAAGACUGGAUGGGAUACCAGAGCUGGACGAACACUAUUCUGUGGUCCUCAGCAGCCACGGUGAAUGGGAAAGCAAGCUGGGAAGUGCCACCGUCGUCAACAUAACCAUUCUGAAAAAUGACGAGCCUCAUGGAAUUGUAGAAUUUGUUUCUGAUGAUUUAAGUGUUACGAUAAAUGAAAGUAAAGGAGAUUAUAUCUACAGCGCGGUUUAUCGUAUCAUAAGAAAUCGAGGCAGUUUUGGCAAUGUCAGUGUAUCUUGGAUAGUUACUCCAGACUUUACACAGGAUGUAGUUCCUGUCCAAGGGAUUAUUUUCUUUGGAGAUCAGGAAUUUUCAAAAAAUAUCACGAUUAUUUCCCUUCCAGAUGAGAUUCCAGAGGAAAUGGAAGAAUUUACCAUUACUCUGCUGAAUGCCACAGGGGGAGCUAAAUUAGGAAAUGGAACUACUGCAACUCUGAGGAUUGAAAGAAAUGAUGACCCCAUUUAUUUUGCAGAGCCUCGUGUACUGAGGGUUCAGGAAGGCGAGACUGCUGGCUUCCGAGUCCUCCGAAAUGGAUCUCUCGAUGUUUCCUGUGCCGUGAUGCUUGCCACCGUGGAUGGGACGGCUAGUGCACGUGAGGGAGACUUUAUUCCCAUUGAAAAGGGGGAAAUCCUCAUUUUUGCUGUUGGAAGUAGAGAGCAGAACAUAACCAUAAUUGUUAAUGAAGAUGAUAUCCCAGAGACGGAUGAGCUCUUUUAUGUAACCCUCUUUAAUUCAACAGGUAAUACUGUAGUAUUUCAACAUGGAGUAGCUACAGUAAUUAUUGAAGCUAAUGAUGACCCAAAUGGCAUUUUUUCUUUGGAGCCCAUAGACAAAGCAGUAGAAGAAGGAAAGACCAAUGUAUUUUGGGUUCUGAGACACAGGGGACACUUCGGCAAUGUUUCCGUGGCAUGGCAACUUCUUCAGAAUGACACUGCUUUGCAUUCAGGACAAGAGUUUUAUGAAACAUCCGGGACCGUUGAUUUUAUGGAUGGGGAAGAAACCAAACCAAUCAUUCUCCGCGCUUAUCCAGAUAGAAUUCCUGAGUUCAAUGAAUUUUAUAUUCUAAAACUUGUGAAUAUUUCAGGUGGGUCCCCAGGGCCUGGAGGCCAACUGGCAGGAGUUAACCUCCAGGUGACAGUCAUGAUUCCAUUCAAUGACGACCCUUUUGGAAUUUUCAGCUUGGAGCCAGGGUGUAUAGAAAGAGAAGUGGCUGAAGAUGUCUUCUCAGAAGAUGACAUGUCCUAUAUUACCAACUUUACCAUUUUGAGGCAGCAAGGUGUCUUUGGUGACGUACGAGUAGGCUGGGAAAUACUGUCAAGUGAGUUCACCACUGGCUUGCCUCCGAUGAUAGAUUAUUUGCUGGUUGGAGUUUUCCCCAGUACGGUCCAUCUACAGCCACACAUGAGGCGUCAUCACAGUGGCACAGACGCACUGUACUUCAGUGGGCUAGAGGGUGCGUUUGGAACCGUUAAUCCCAAAUACCAUCCUUCUAGGAACAAUUCAAUUGCCAACUUUACAUUUUCAGCUUGGGUAAUGCCCAAUGCCAAUACGAAUGGGUUUGUUGUAGCAAAGGAUGAUGGUAAUGGAGGCAUCUACUAUGGGGUAAAAGUUCAGACAAAUGAAACUCACGUGACACUUGCCCUUCAUUACAAAACUCUGGGUUCCAAUGCUACAUAUAUUGCCAAGACAACUGUCAUGAAGUAUUUAGAGGAAAAUGUUUGGCUUCAUCUUCUGAUCAUCCUGGAUGAUGGUAUCAUUGAGUUCUACCUUGAUGGAAGCGCAGUGCCUAGAGGAAUCCGGAGUCUGAAAGGAGAAGCAAUUACUGAUGGUCCCGGGAUACUGAGAAUCGGAGCUGGAAUAAAUGGCAACAGUAGAUUUACAGGUUUAAUGCAAGAUGUGAGGUCCUAUGGGAGAAAGUUGAGCCUCGAAGAAAUUUAUGAACUUCAUGCCAUGCCAGCGAAGAAUGAUUUAUAUCCUGUUUCUGGAUAUCUAGAAUUCAGACAGGGAGAAACAAACAAAUCAUUCAUUAUUUCUGCAAGAGAUGACAAUGAAGAAGAAGGAGAAGAACUGUUUAUUCUUAAACUAGUUUCUGUAUAUGGAGGAGCUCGUAUUUCUGGAGAAAAUGCCAUAGCGAAGUUAAGAAUACAAAAAAGUGAUAACGCCAAUGGCUUAUUUGGUUUUACAGGAACUUGUAUACCAGAGAUUGCAGAGGAAGGCUCCACUAUUUCUUGUGUGGUGGAGCGAACCAGAGGAGCCCUGGAUUAUGUGCAUGUUUUUUAUACCAUCUCCCAGAUCGAAUCUGAUGGCAUUAAUUACCUUGUUGAUGAUUUUGCUAAUGCCAGUGGAUCUAUCACAUUCUUCCCUUGGCAACGAUCAGAGGUCCUGAAUAUAUAUGUUCUUGAUGAUGAUAUUCCUGAGCUUAAUCAAUAUUUCCGUGUGACACUGGUUUCUGCAAUUUCUGGAGAUGGGAAAUUAGGUUCAACACCCACCAGUGGUGCAAGCAUAGAUCCAGAAAAAGAAACAACAGAUAUUACUGUCAAAGCUAGUGAUCAUCCAUAUGGUUUGCUGCAGUUUUCCACAGGAUUGCCUCCCCUGCCUGAUGACAAAAUGGUCCCGCCUGCCAGCAGCAUUCCACAUGUCACCGUGCAGGAGGAGGAUGGAGAAGUGAAGUUACUGGUCACCCGUGCACAAGGACUCCUGGGGAGGGUUAUGGUAGAGUUUAGAACAGUGCCAUUAACAGCAGUCAGUCCUGACGAUUACCAGAACGUUGCUGGAACCUUAGAAUUUCAACAUGGAGACAGAUAUAAAUACAUUUCUGUUAACAUCACUGAUAAUUCUGUCCCUGAAUUGGAAAAAUCUUUUAAAGUUGAGUUGUUCAACUCAGAAGGAGGAGUGACUGGACUCUUUAGGGUUGAAGGCAGUGGGAGUGGUGAUGGGGACAUGGAAUUCUUCCUUCCAGCUAUUCACAAACGUGCCAGUCUAGGAGUGGCCUCCCAAAUCCUAGUGACAAUUGUGGCCUCUGACCAUGCACAUGGUGUAUUUGAAUUUAGCCCCGAGUCUCUCUUUGUCACUGGAACUGAACCAGAAGAUGGAUUCAGCAUUGUUACAUUAAAUAUUAUGAGAAGCCAUGGAGCCCUUUCUCAAGUGACUUUGGUUUGGAGCAUAGAGUCUGAUCCCGAUGGUGAUCUCGCCUUCACCUCUGGCAAUGUCACAUUUGAGAUUGGGCAGAAGAGUGCCAACAUCACAGUGGAAAUACUGCCAGAUGAACAACCAGAACUGGAUAAAGUAUUCUCUGUGUCAAUCCUCAGUGUCUCCAGCGGUUCUUUGGGCAAUCAUACUAAUGCCACAUUGGUUGUUUUGGCUAGUGAUGAUCCUUAUGGGGUUUUUAUAUUUUCUGAGAAAAACAGACCAAUUCAAGUUGAGGAAGCAACACAGAACAUUACCUUGUCAAUAAUAAGGUUAAAAGGCCUCAUGGGAAAAGUCAUGGUUACUUAUGCAACGCUAGGUGAUAUGGAAAAGCCGUCUUACUUUCCACCUAAUUUAGCCAGAGCAACUCAAGGAAGAGACUGUAUACCAGCUUCUGGAUUUGCUCUUUUUGGGCCUAAUCAGAGUGAGGCCACAAUAACAGUUUCAAUUUUGGAUGAUGAUGAGCCUGAAAGGUCGGAAUCUCUAUUUAUUGAACUACUUAACUCUACUUUAAUAGAAGAUGGACAGGGUCGCCCAAUUCUAAAUUCUCCACGCCUGGGGCCUAAUGUCGAAACUAUUGCUCAUCUAAUUAUCAUCGCCAAUGAUGAUGCAUUUGGAGUCCUUCAGCUCUCAGCUCCAGUUGUUCGAGUGGCAGAAAAUCAUGUCGGACCCAUUAUCAAUGUGACGAGAACAGGCGGAGCAUUUGCAGAUGUUUCUGUGAAGUUUAAAGCAGUGCCAAUAACUGCAAUAGCUGGUGAAGAUUAUAGCAUAGCUUCUUCAGAUGUGGUCUUGUUAGAAGGGGAAACCAGCAAAGCUGUGCCAAUAUAUAUCAUUAAUGAUAUCUAUCCUGAACUGGAAGAAACUUUUCUAGUGAAGCUACUGAAUGAAACAACAGGAGGAGCCAAACUGGGGGCAUCAGAAGAGGCGAUCAUUAUUAUUGAGGCUUCUGAUGACCCCUAUGGAUUAUUUGGUUUUCAGCUUACUAAAUUUAUUGUAGAGGAACCUGAGUUUAGCUCAGUGAAGGUAAACCUGGCAAUAAUUCGAAAUUCUGGGACACUCGGCAAUGUUACUGUUCAGUGGGUUGCCACCAUUAAUGGACAGCUUGCUGCUGGCGACCUGCGAGUUGUCUCAGGUAAUGUGACAUUUGCCCCUGGGGAAACCAUUCAAACCUUGUUGUUAGAGGUCCUGGCUGACGACGUUCCGGAGACUGAAGAGGUUAUCCAAGUGCAACUAACUGAUGCCUCUGGUGGAGGUACUAUUGGGGUAGAUGGAGUGGCAAACAUUGUUAUUCCUGCCAAUGAUAACCCUUAUGGUACAGUAGCCUUUGUUCAGUCUGUUUACCGAGUUCAAGAGCCUCUGGAGAGAAGUUCCUGUGCUAACAUAACUGUCAGGCGAAGCGGAGGGCACUUUGGCCGGCUGCUGCUGUUCUACGGUACUUCUGAUAUUGAUGUAGUGGCUCUGGCGGUGGAGGGAGGCCAAGAUUUACUGUCCUUCUAUGAAUCACCAAUUCAAGGGGUACCAGAUCCGCUCCAGAGAACUUGGGUCAAUGUCUCCGCAAUGAGGGAACCCCAGAAUACGUGUGCUGCUUUGUGCCUCAAGGAACCUGCCUGCUCAGCAUUUUCCAUUUUCAGUGCUCCUGAGGGGCCCCAGUGUUUUUGGAUGACAUCAUGGAUCAGCCCAACUGUGAAUGACUCAGGCUUCUGGACCUAUAGGAAAAACACAACCAGAGUAGUAUCUCUUUUUAGCAGUCAGGCUGUGGCUGGCAGUGACUAUGAGCCUGUGACAAGGCAAUGGGCCAUAAUGCAGGAAGGCGAAGGAUUUGUAAAUCUCACAGUCUCUGUCCUUCCAGAUAAUCUUCCAGAGAUGGAUGAGAGUUUCCAGAUUUCUCUCCUUGAAGUUCACCUUAUGAACGUCACGGUCAGUGUUAACAACCAGCCAACCAUAGGCGAGCCAAAUGCUUCUACAGUUGUCAUAGCCUUAAAUGGCGAUGCCUACGGAGUUUUUGUGAUCUACAGUAUAAGUCCCAAUACUUCCGAAGAUGGCUUGUAUGUUGAAGUUCAGGAGCAGCCCCAAAGCACAGUGGAGUUGAUGAUCCACAGGACGGGGGGAAGCCUGGGCCAGGUGACAGUGGAGUGGCGUGUUGUUGGUGGCACAGCUAUUGAAGGUUUAGAUUUUGUAGGUGCUGGCGACAUUCUGACUUUCGCUGAAGGUGAAACAAAAAAGAUAGCUAUUUUAACCAUUUUGGAUGAUUCUGAGCCAGAGGAUGAUGAAAGCAUCGUAGUCGGUUUGGUGUGUACUGAAGGUGGAAGUAGAGUGUCGCCCAACUCUGACACUGUUAGAGUGAACAUUUUGGCUAAUGAUAAUGUGGCAGGAAUUGUUAGCUUUCAGACAUCGUCGAGAUCUAUUAUAGGUCAUGAAGGAGAAAUUUUACAAUUCCAUGUGAUAAGAACGCCUCCAGGUCGAGGAAAUGUUACUGUUAACUGGAAAAUUCUUGGGAAAAACCUUGAACUCAGUUUUGCUAACUUUACUGGACAACUCUUCUUCCCUGAGGGAUCAUUGAAUGAAACAGUAUUUGUGCAUUUGUUGGAUGACAAUAUUCCUGAAGAGAAAGAAGUGUAUCAGGUCAUUCUCCAUGAUAUCAGGACACAAGGCGUUCCACCAGCAGGAAUUGCUCUGCUUGAUGCUCAAGGUUAUGCAGCUGUCCUGACCGUAGAAGCCAGUGAUGAGCCACAUGGAGUUUUAAAUUUUGCUCUUUCAUCAAGGUUUGUCUUACUACAAGAGGCCAACACAACAAUCCAGCUUUUCAUCAACAGAGAAUUUGGAUCUCUAGGAACGAUCAAUGUCACAUACACCACACUUCCUGGUAUGUUAAGUGCGAAGAAUCUGACAGAAGGAAACAUGGCUGAACCAGAUGCUGACUUUGUCUCUGUAGUUGGCUCUUUGAUUUUAGGAGAUGGGGAAACAUCGGCAGCCAUCAACAUUAGUAUACUUGAGGAUGAUAUACCAGAACUAGAAGAAUAUUUCUUUGUGAAUUUAACUUCCGUUGAACUUAUCAUGGCUCCUCUAACUUCAUUUCCUCCUAGACUAGAUUCAGAGGGCUUGACUGCACAAAUUAUUAUUGACGCCAAUGAUGGUGCUCGAGGCAUUGUUGAAUGGCAACAGAGCAGAUUUGAAGUAAAUGAAACCCAAGGGAGUUUGACAUUGGUCGCCCAGAGGAGCAGAGGUGCACUUGGCCUUGUUUCCUUGUUUGUGUAUGCCCAGAAUUUGGAAGCACAAGUGGAGCUGGAUUAUGUCUUCACGCCAAUGAUUCUUCAUUUUGCUGAUGGAGAAAGGCAUAAAAGUGUUGACAUCAUAAUUUUUGAUGAUGAUAUUCCAGAAGGGGAUGAAAAAUUUCAGCUGAUUUUAGCAUAUCCUUCUCCUGGAUUGGAAUUGGGGGAAAAUACAAUAGCAUUGAUUACUAUCCUUGCUAAUGAUGAUGGCCCUGGAGUUUUAUCAUUUAACAACAGUGAGCAUUUUUUUUUAAGAGAACCAACAGCUGUCUAUGUACAGGAAAGUGUUGCUGUAUUGUCUGUUGUUCGAGAACCCGCACAGGGACUCUUUGGAACUGUGACAGUUCAGUUCAUUGUAACGGAAGUGAAUUCUUCGAAAGAGUCCAGUGAUCUGACUCCUUCCAAAGGCUAUAUCAUCUUAGAAGAAGGUGUUCAAUUCAAGGCCCUACACAUUUCAGCCGUAUUGGAUACAGAACCAGAGAUGGAUGAGCAUUUUGUUUGCACCUUGUUUAACCCAACAGGAGGCGCGAGACUUGGGGCGCAGGUUCAAACCCUGAUAACAGUUUUGCAAAACCAAGCCCCUCUGGGGCUAUUCAGUAUUUCUGCAGUUGCUAAUAGAGACACCUCUAUAGAUGUUGAAGAAACCAACAGGACUAUCUAUUUAAAUGUGUCACGUACGAAUGGCAUUGAUUUAGCUGUGAGUGUGCAGUGGGAUACCAUAUCUGAAACAGCAUUUGGCAUGAGAGGAACUGAUGUUGUAUUCUCCAUAGUCCAAAGUUUUUUUGAUGUAUCUGCUUCUGGCUGGUGUUUCUUCACUUGGGAAGACUCGGUAUAUGGUGUGAUGUUAAGAAAAUUGUCUUCUACUCUCUACCGAUGGCAAGGAGUUUUUACUCCAAUUCAGGAUUUAAAUAUAGAAAAUCCUAAAACUUGUGAGGCCUUUAAUAUUGGCUUUUCCCCCUAUUUUGUCAUUACUCACAAAGGAAGAAAUGAAGAAAAGCCUUCUGCUAAUAGUGUAUACACAUUCACAUCUGGAUUGAAAUUAUUUCUGGUACAAACAAUCAUUGUUUCAGAAAGCUCUCAAGUAAGAUAUUUUACGGCAGAUGGCCAAGAUUAUUUAAUUGUUGGAAGUCAAAGAAAAGGUUCUGCAUUAUCUCAGGUCUUCAGAUGGAAUGGAGGCAGCUUCGUGUUCCACCAGCUACUCCCUGCCCAGGGUGUGCUGAGCAUGGCCCUGUUCCCCAGAGGAGGCUCUGUGUUCUUGCUUACCGUGCAGGAGAGUGCCCACCCCAAUUCCUUAUUACUCAGAUGGUCUGGCAGUGAAUUUAUUAACUUUCAAGAAAUACCAGUCAACGCGACAACACAAGUGGAAGCCUUGACUUCAGGAGAUGACACUUAUUUAAUCUUUGCCAGAGCUGUCUUCCUGGGUAAGAAGAGUUCAGUUGAUAUUUUCAUCUGGGAGAGAGGACAGUCUUCUUUUAGGUACUUUCAGUCCAUGGAUUUUGCUACUGUUAAUAAGAUCCACACCUUCACACCAGCUUCAGGAAUAGUUCAUGUACUUCUUGUUGGUCAAGCUAUGUCUGCCCUUUACGGCUGGGAUUCAGAGCUGAAUCGAUUCUCUUUCAUUCUGGAAGCACCUUCUGCUCAUGAUGUAGCUUCUGUUACUGUAAAGUGCCUCAAUUCAAGCAAGAAUUUAAUUGCUCUCAUGGGAGACACCCACUCACACCUGUAUGAACUGGCCUACAUCUCGAGCCUGUCUGACUUUAUUCCUAGUUCAGGUGAGCUGAUAUUUGAACCUGGUGACAGAGAAGCUGUAAUAGCAAUAAAUAUCCUUGAUGAUACAGUUCCAGAGGAAGAAGAGUCCUUCAGAAUUCAACUUAAAAAUCCCAAAGGAGGAGCAGAAAUUGGCAAUAAUGGUUAUGUAAAAGUAACUAUUCUGGCUAAUGAUGAUGCUUAUGGAGUUAUUGGAUUUGCUCAGAAUUCCUUAUAUAAGGAAGUGGAAGAAAUGGAUCAAGAUAGCCUAGUAACUUUGAAUGUUGAACGUUUGAAAGGAACAUAUGGUCGUAUAACCAUAAUAUGGGAAGCUGAUGGAAAUAUUGGAGAUAUAUUUCCUACCUCUGGAGUGAUCUCAUUUUCUGAAGGCCAAGCACUUUCUACAAUCACGCUGACUGUUCUUGCUGAUGACAUACCAGAGUUUUCAGAGACAGUGGUUAUAACACUCAUGCAUAUUAAUACAGAAGGGAUUGAGGAACUAUCAAAAGGUGCUACUGUUGAUCAGAAGAGGAACAAGUCUGUGAUAGCCAUUCUGUCCAAUGACGCACCAUAUGGAUUAGUGGGCUGGCUUGAUGAGUCUCUCUUCCUGAGAACAACCGAGCCUGAAGAAAACGUCACCAUACUUCAGUUGCAAAUUGUUCGUGAUAAAGGACUCACAGGGGACAUUGCCAUUCACUUGAUAGCUAAAUCUAAUUUCUUGCUGCAUGUUAAUAAUCAAGCGACUGAGAAUGAAGACUUCAUAUUACAAGAUAAAAUUAUAAUAAUGAAAGAGAAUAUGAAAAGAACUCAUGCCAAUAUUGCUAUUUUGCCGGAUGAUGUUCCUGAAUUGGAUGAAGGAUUUAUUGUCAACAUCACGGAGGUUUACCUGUUGAGCUCUGACUUCUCUGUAGGACAACCAAAUGUGCUGAGACCUGGAAUGGAAAUAGCUGAGAUAAUGAUUGAUGAAAAUGAUGAUCCUAGAGGAGUAUUUAAGUUCCAUGUUAUUAGAGAUGUUGAUGGAGUAAUUACUGCCUGUGAGUUGCCCGCCCCUCUGAAUCUUCUUCAAAUUUCUGUUGUCCGACUGGCUGGAAACUUUGGGACAGUAAAUAUUUCCUGGAGAGCAACAGCAGACAGUGCUGACUUUGAAGACUUUAAGCCAUCUCAUGGGAUUCUUGAAUUUGCGGAAGGACAAGAUACUGCAGUGAUAGAAAUCACCAUAAUUGAUGACGCUAAAUUUGAACUCAUGGAGACAUUCAAUAUUUCCUUAGUUGGGGUGAUUGGAGGUGGCCGUCUUGGUGACGAUGUUGUAUUAACUGUUGGUAUUCCUCAAAAUGAUUCUCCAUUUGGCAUAUUUGGAUUUGAAGAAAAGACUGUAACAAUUGAUGAAUCCCUUUUUUCCAAUGACCCUGAUGCAUAUGUGACUUUGACAGUUGUCAGGUCCCCAGGAGGAAAAGGAGCCGUCCGCCUUCACUGGGCACUAGACAAGAGGGCUAAAGACAAUCUCAGGCCAUUGAAUGGGACGCUUCAUUUUGAUGAGACUGAGUCCCAGAAGACUAUUGUAUUGCAUACACUUCAAGACACUGUUUUGGAGAAAGAUAGAAAUUUCACCAUUCAGCUGAUGUCCGUCGAUGAGGUAGAAAUAUCACCAGUAAAAGGAAGUGCUUCAAUUAUCAUCAGGGGCGAUAAGGGAGCUUUCGGGGAAGUUGGGAUAGCUCCCUCCUCUAGGCACAUCCUCAUCGGGGAACCCUCAGCACAGUAUAAUGGUACUGCUAUCAUCAGCCUUGUUCGUGGCCCAGCUAUUUGGGGAGAGGUUACAGUGUUCUGGAGAAUAUUCCCUUCUUCUGUGGGACAAUUUGCUGAAACAUCAGGGAAUCUGACAAUGCAAGAUGGACAGUCUGCAGCUGUUGUAGUAGUCCAGGCUUUGGAUGAUGACAUUCCUGAGGAAAAGCAUUUCUAUGAGUUUCAGCUGACUGGAAUCAGUGAGGGGGCAGUGCUGAGUGAAUUCAGCAACACUGCUAAUAUCACAGUGGUGGCCAGUGACUUUCCUUACGGUCAGUUUGCUUUUUCACAAGAGCAACUCCAAGUAUCAGAAGAGGCUCGAAGGGCUAACAUCACAGUCAUUCGGUCUGGUGGAUCUUUUGGCCGAGUAAAACUCUGGUAUAACACUCUGAGUGAAACAGCAGAGGCUGGAUUGGAUUUUGUCCCUGGGCCAGGAGAGCUUGUCUUUGAAGAGAAGGAGAUCGUGAAAAACUUUCAUGUUGAAAUACUUGAUGAUGGCCUUCCUGAAGGCCCGGAGGAUUUUUACCUGGUGCUAACAAAGGUGAAACUCCUGGGAAGAGGGUAUGAUUUUAUGAUCCAAGAAAAUGGACUUCAGGUGGAUCAGCCUCCUGAAAUAGGAAAUAUCUCCACUGUCCGAAUCAUCAUAAUGAGAAAUGAUAAUGCUGAAGGAAUCAUUGAGUUUGACUCAAGGUAUACUGCCUUUGAAGUGGAGGAAGAUGUCGGGAUGAUCAUGAUUCCUGUGCUUAGGCUUCAUGGUACUUAUGGCUUGGUGACAGCUGAUUUCAUCUCUCAGAGUUCCUCUGCAGUUCCUGGAGGUGUUGAUUAUGUACUGCAUGGUAGUUCAGUCACCUUUCAGCAUGGCCAGAACCUAAGUUAUAUAAAUGUCUCCAUUGUUGAUGAUGACGAAAGUGAAUUUGCUGAGCCCAUUGAAGUUGUGCUGGUUGGAGCUGCUGGUGGAGCGAUCCUCGGGCGCCACCUUGUGAGCAGAAUCACAAUCGCCAAGAGUGAUUCUCCCUCUGGCGUGGUCCGAUUUCUCAAUCAAAGCAGAAUUUCUGUUCCUAAUCCCAAUUCCACAAUGACUAUAUCCUUGGUUCUGGAACGGACUGGAGGACUCCUGGGAGAGACUCAGGUGAAUUGGGAGAUAGAAGGACCUAAUUCUCAGGAAGUUUUGCCACCACACAACAGGGACAUUGCCGACCCAGUGAGUGGGUCCUUCUACUUUGGAGAGGGGGAAGGUGGAGUCAGAACCAUAGUUCUGACCAUCUAUGCUCAUGAAGAGGUGGAAGUGGAAGAGACUUUCAUCAUUAAACUUCACCUUGUGAAAGGAGAAGCUAAACUAGACCCAAGAGCUAAAGAUGUUAAAUUAAUAGUACAAAAGUUUGGUGAUCCAAAUGGAGUGGUUCAGUUUGCUCCUGACUCUUUGUCCCAGAAAACGUAUUUGGAGCCAUCAGCUUUGGAAGGACCUCUAAUCAUUAUUUUCUCUGUCCAAAGAGUGAAGGGUAUUUUUGGGGAGAUUACGGUCUACUGGGAACUAAGUAGUGAGUUUGACAUUACCGGAGAUUUUCUCUCUACGAAAGGAUUUUUUACUUUUUCUGAUGGAGAGAGUGAGGCAAGCUUUGAUGUUCACCUGCUACCAGAUGAUACACCUGAGAUAGAAGAAGAUUAUAUGAUCCAGCUUACUUCUGUAGAUGGAGGAGCAGAACUGGAUCCAGAAAAAUGCAUCACUAGCUUCUCUGUUUCUGCAAACGAUGACCCACAUGGAGUGUUUGCUCUGUAUUCAGAUAACCAGUCAAUACUUAUUGCGCAAAACCUUAGUAGAUCCAUCCAAAUUAACGUGACCCGGCAUGCUGGGACAUUUGGAGAUGUGGCUGUUGGAUUUCUAAUCUCAUCCAAUCAAAAGGAUCAGCUGUCAACUACUGAAAAUGCAGAGAGGCAGCUUGUGGUCAAAGAUGGAGUCAGAUACAAAGUAGAGAUGGUGCCUAUCCCGAGUCAGGUCUUUCUGUCUCUGGGCUCUAAUUUUACCUUGCAACUAGUGGCUGUGAUGCUUGUUGGUGGGCGUAUCUAUGGCAUGCCAAAGAUUCUCCAAGAAGCGAAAUUUGCUGUUGUUCCUGUACCUGAGGAAGCUUCCAAUUCUCAGGUUGGGUUUGAAUCUCCUGCUUUCCCCCUCAUGGACAUUGCUGCUGGAACAAGCCACAUUGUGAUCUCUCGGAGAGGCACUUACGGCCCCCUCUGGGUCGCCUGGGCUGCUGGCUACGCUCCUGGGUUUGAAGUCCCGGAGUUCAUCAUUGUUGGCAACAUGACUCCUAAGCAGGGAAACCUGUCCUUUUCCCAUGGAGAACAAAGUAAAGGAGUCUUAGUGUGGACAUUGCCCAGACCAGGUCAGCCAGAGGCCUUCCCCGUUCACCUUUUGGGAGUACAGAGCAGUGCCCCCGGGGGCGCUCAGCUUCGAUCAGGGUUCACCAUUGCAGAAAUUGAACCUAUGGGAGUCUUCCAGUUUUCGCCAAGUUCAAGAAAUAUCAUCGUGUCAGAGGACACACAGACAGUCAGAUUACAAGUACAAAGGCUGUUUGGGUUCCACGGUGAUCUUAUUAAAGUUUCUUAUCAGACAACUGCUGGAAGUGCAAAGCCACUGGAGGAUUUUGAACCUGUUCAGAAAAAGGAGCUGCUUUUUCAAAACCUUGAGGCUGAGGUUGAUUUUGAAAUCAUGAUUACUAAUGAUCAGCUUCCUGAAAUAAAAGAAACUUUUUACAUUAAUCUAACUUCAGUAGAAAUGAAAGAAUCACCAAAGUUGGAUGCUAUUUGGAGACCACGCCUGAAUCCAGAUUUUAGUGUUGCAGAGAUUACAAUAUUGGAUGAUGAUGACCUGGAGGCAGUGGAUGUUUUUUUCCCUAAGACAACUCAGGUGGCUUUAACCAUGGGCACAGCUCUCAUUCCUGUAGAAACUGACUCCUCCACGAUAUACCCUGACACAACUAAAAUCACAUCCAUACCACAGCCAACUGAAAUAAUUGCCAUUAUUACUGAGGCAACUAGUAUGUCGGUGAUUCCUGAAAAGCUUGUCACCUUUCCUGGAACACCGACCAUAUCUGAGAAGCCUGAUGAGGUGGCAGUAACUACCAACAUUUCUAUUCAUGGAACAUUUAGCCUCGGACCACCCAUUGUUUACGUGAAGGAGGAGAUGAAGAAUGGUACACUUAAUGUUGCAGAAGUUCUUAUUCGAAGAACUGGUGGGUGUAUUGGUAAUGUCAGUGUGACACUUAAGACUUUUGGUGGAAGAUCUGCUCAGAAGGAACCAAAUGCACUUCCUUUUCCUGAUACUUACGGAAUGUCCAAUCUAACAUGGGCAAUUGAAGAAGACGACUUUGAAGAACAAACUCUUCUCCUUACAUUUGUUGAUGGAGAAAGAGAACAUAAAGCACUGAUUCAAAUUCUGGAUGAUGAUGAGCCUGAAGGCCAGGAAUUUUUCUACGUGUUUCUCACAGACCCUCAAGGGGGAGCACAAAUUGUGAUGGGGACAGAUGAUAUGGGAUUUUCAGCUUUAGCCAUGAUUAUUAUUACAGGGAGUGAUCUUCACAAUGGCAUCAUAGGAUUCAGUGAAGAGUCCCAGGAAGAGUUAGCCCUGGGUGAAGGGGCUGGUCUGAGCACACUGUACCUGACUGUCACCAGACAGCCAGACAGGGCAUUUGAAGAUGUCACAGUCUUUUGGAGAGUCACAUUUAACAAAUCAGCCACUUUGCUAGAGAAAGCUGGUAUGAACCUGAUGGAUACACUCUUCACUGUUUCUGGGACCACGACCUGUGUAAUGGGUCAAACCAAAUGCUUGAUCCCCAUGGGGCUCAAACAAGGGAAGAUACCUCAAGUUGAAAUAAAAUUCUUUGUGGAACUGUAUGAAGUAACUGAUGGAGCAGCCAUAAACAAUAGUGCCAGAUUUGCACAGAUUAAAGUCUUACAGAAGGAUGAGUCUCAAAGCCUUGUGUAUUUUUCUGUGGGUUCUCGAUUGCCAGUGACUCAUAAGGAGGCCACUUUAAUCAGUUUGCAGGUGGUCAGACAUUCCGGGACAGGGCUAAUGAUAUCUGUUAGUUUCAGUACCCAGGAACUGAGGAGUGCUGAAACAGUUGGCCGGACCCUUAUUUCUCCAGCAAUUUCUGGGAAGGAUUUCGUGAAAUCGGAAGGGACAUUGGUCUUUGAACCUGGCCAAAGAAACACCGUAUUGGAUGUCAUCUUAACACCAGACAUAGGGUCUUUAAAUCCAUUUCCCAAACGAUUCCAGAUUAUGCUUUUUGACCCAAAAGGUGCUGCCAAGGUUGACAAAGUGUAUGGUACUGCUAACGUCACGCUUGUCUCUGAUGCGGAUUCGCAGGCUAUUUGGGGACUUGCGGAUCAAUUACAACAGCCCUUGAAUAGUGACAUUCUCAAUCACGUGCUUCACAGCAUCAGUAGGAAAGUGGCCACAGAGAGCACAGAUGAACAGCUUAGUGCUGUGAUGCAUCUGAUAGACAAGAUAACCCUUGAAGGAAAAAGCCAAGUGUUCAGCUCUGAAAGCCGAAAUCUUUUCUAUGAGAUUCUUUGUGUGCUUAUUAACCCUAAACGCAAGGAUACUAAGGGAUUCAGUCACUUUUCUGAAGUGACAGAAAAUUUUGCCUUUUCUCUACUGACUGAUGUUACCUGUGGCUCACCUGGUGAGAAAAGCAAAACCAUCUUUGACAGUUGCCCGUAUUUGUCCAUAAUGGCUUUUCACUGGUAUCCUCAACAAAUCAAUGGGCACAAGUUUGAAGGAAAAGAAGGAGACUAUAUUAGAAUUCCAGAGAGACUAUUGGUUGUUCCAGAUGCAGAAUUAAUGACUGGGAAAAGUAAAUGUGAAUUGGUCCAGUUUAUAGAAUAUAGCAGUCAUCAGUGGUUUAUAACUGGAAACAAGCUUCCUGCCUUGAGAAAUAAGGUAUUAUCUUUGAAUGUGAAAGGUCAGAGUUCAAAACCGCUGUCUGACCAUAAUGAGGUUCUCUACAGGAUUUAUGCUGCUGAGUCUAGAAUUGUUCCCCAAACCUCUCAAUGUCUCCUUUGGAAUCGGGCAACUGCAAGCUGGUUGUCUGACAGUCAGUUUUGCAAAGUGGUUGAGGAUACUUCAGACUACGUGGAAUGUGCCUGUUCAUACAUGUCUAUGUAUGCUGUCUACGCCCAGACUGAUAACUUGACUGCUUACAAUGAAGCCUUUUUCUCUUCUGGAUUUAUAUGUACCUCAGGUCUCUGCCUGGCUGUUCUUUCCCAUGUCUUCUGUGCCAGGUAUUCCAUGUUUGCAGCUAAGCUUCUGACUCACAUGAUGGCAGCCAGCUUAGGUACACAGGUUGUGUUUCUGGCAACUGCAUAUGCAAGUCCCCAACUCACAAAUGGAAGCUGCUCCGUGAUGGCUGCAGUGACACAUUACCUGUACCUUUGCCAGUUCAGCUGGAUGCUUAUUCAGUCUGUGAAUUUCUGGUACGUAUUGGUCAUGAAUGAUGAACACACAGAGAGACGGUAUCUGCUGUUUUUCCUCCUGAGCUGGGGCCUUCCAGCGUUGGUGGUGACUCUCCUCAUCGUUAUUUUGAAAGGAAUCUAUCAUCAGGAUAUGUCGCAGAUAUAUGGACUCAUCCAUGGGGACCUGUGCUUCAUCCCAAACAUCUAUGCAGCCCUCUUCACUGCAGCCCUGCUUCCUUUAAUGUGCCUGGUGGUAGUGUUCGUGGUAUUCAUCCAUGCCUAUCAGGUGAAACCACAGUGGAAAGCAUAUGAUGACGUCUUCAGGGGAAGAACAAAUGCCACAGAAAUCCCACUGGUUUUGUAUCUCUUUGCCCUGAUUUCUAUGACCUGGCUUUGGGGAGGCCUGCAUAUGGCUUACCGAUACUUCUGGAUGUUGAUCCUCUAUGUCAUUUUCAACAGUCUGCAGGGAAUUUACGUUUUUGUGGUUUACUUCAUUCUACACAAUCAAACCUGUUGCCCUCUAAAGGCCACGUACACGGUGGAAAUGAAUGGACACCCUGGACCCAGCACAACCUUCUUCACACAGGGGAGUGGAAUGCCUCCUGCUGGAGAGGAGAUCAGCAAGUCCACCCAGAACCUCAUCAGCGCUAUGGAGGAGGUACCACCUGACUGGGAAAGAGCAUCCCUCCAGCAAGCCAGUCAGGCAAGCCCUGACUUAAAGCCAAGUUCACAGAAUGGCACACAGUUCCCUUCCUCUGGAGGUUAUGGCCAGGGAUCACUGGUAGCUGAUGAAGAGUCUCAGGAGUUUGAUGACCUGAUAUUUGCAUUAAAAACUGGUGCUGGUCUCAGUGUUAGUGAUAAUGAAUCUGGUCAAGGCAGCCAGGAAGGAGGCACCUUAACUGACUCCCAGAUCGUAGAACUAAGAAGAAUACCCAUUGCUGACACGCACCUCUAGUGUCCCAUAAGUAUUAGACUACGGAUGCUUUCGUAUUUUUAGUAGCUUUGUGCUAAAAAAAAACUCUAAGUACAUGCAGUUAAUAGGACUCUAUGACAUGUAGUGAAUAAUUAAUUCAGAAGUGAUUGUUGUGUUUGGAAUAUAAAUUACUUACCUUUGUGGAACUUGAAAAUUCACUGUUUUAAUGAAAGACUGGUUUAGUUUGUAUCAGCUAAUAGGAUGUAA